AUGAUAUUACAAUGUUUGAUUGAACUCAUUCAGUCAGAUGAAAAGGGAUCAAAUGAAUUGCUUACAGAGAUUUUAAAAUCGGAACAUUGUCUUUUACUGCUUGAUGGCUUAGACGAGUGGACGCAUCGCACUGAAUGUAAACUUGAUGAACGAAUUCCUCAUGUUGAAACAAGUUGGUUGCACUGUACAACAUUGAUAACAACACGACCGUACAAACUAGCUGAAGUGAAAGUAAAGCUCUCACAGCUUGGCAACCAUGUGCUGUUGCAUGGUGUUCAGUCACCCAAGAAACUUGUUCGAAGAAUACUUGGGGAGUUAGGAAGAAGUCAUCAAGUAGAAGGGGAUACAGAUACCUGCGUUAACGACAUUAAAUUGAAAGGUCUGUGGCAUUUCACAGAUGUUCCAAUCAUGCUGGUACACAUUGUUUGGCUCUGGCAUAGAGGCAAGUUAAAAGAUAAAAUGACUUUGUAUUCAGUGUACAGGAAAAUAAUAAAAGAACGGUGGUGUGAAAUGUGCGAAAAGAAACACAUACAGGAGAAAGAACUUCCAAAUAGUUUUCUUUUUGGGUUGGGUGAAUUAGCUUUCCAAAAACUGUUUUCUGCUCGCGAGGACGAAUCCAUCGUUUUUAAAAUUAAAGGGGCUCAACUAGAGAAAUUUGGAAAAUAUAAACAGACGUCCCUUGAAUCUGGCAUCAUUUCAUGCAGCAACAGAGCAGGUGAAAGAUCAGCGUCUUUUCAAUUUUUGCACCAAACGAUUCAAGAGUAUUUGUCGGCAUGGUAUUUAGCGAAUUGUGGACCAGAUUUGUCCGAAAUGUGCAAACACAUUCAAACGGUAUAUUUACACAACAGGAGUGAAAGUGUAACCAGCUUGUCGGAGAUGUUUAUUUUUCUUUGUGGCGUGAAUAAAACUGCUGCUGAAGUGUUUUCCAAAACAUUAAAUGAGUUGUUUACUGUACACUGUAAAAGACAUGGUUAUUCAGCUGACAAAGCUUGGGAAUUCCAAAACAUGAUACUGCGAGGCUACGGCGAGGCGAAUAGAAGUGGAAAUUCCGGGACGGAAUUUGAGUUAUGCUUGCAGCAUAUUGUUCUUGGUAAGGAAGGAUGGAGGGAAAAUGAAUCAGAAAAUGAUCUUACGGCCAGAAAAAAGUCAGCGUUGAAAGUUUGUUUGCGAAAUAGAAAACAAAACCUCGUGUCAUUGCAUAUAGGUGGAAAUAUGAAUCUAUGUUCUGUGCUGCAGUUCACGGAAGAUCAAGGUGUUCUAGAUUUAGAACUUUGCAAGGAACUGAAGUUUGUUGAUUUAAAUAAUGUUUCAUAUACAGAUAUCAACAAUUUGAAUUUGUGCGGAGUUUUAGAAUGCAACAUACAAUUCAGUGACUACCAGGCAGCAAGUAAACUGACAUCUUCAGUUCAGUCUUCAGAUUUAACAUGCUUGAAAACACUCAUAUUGAAAAACUUUGGUUGGGAGUGUAAAGCUAAUGAAAUAUUUUCAAAACUUAAAAAAAUUGAAAACAUAGACCUUACAUGGAACAAAGAGUGUCCAACAAAUGACACACAAUUGAACCUAGGACAUCUACAUAACAUCGAGAAACUGUCAUUAAAAGGAAUUGAUUUCUCUGACGUUGUUAAUCUACAGAGUCUCAAUCUGAACACGUUAGAUAUCCGGUUUAGAACACAACAACGAGCACCACAUUUGAUGGCAGCAUUACUUAAACACUGCGACGGGUCACCUAAUUCCAUCCCAGCUAGCUCACCCUUUCUCUUGACACGUGUUAAAUUGGAGAACAUGCUCAUGUCAGCCGGUGUAUUCAGGUGUUUCGUCAGUGCGAUGAUACGGUCGGGAUAUUGUGUGGACUGUGCGAUUGAGGGCUGUGAAGUAGAACAAGAGGAGAAACUGACGCAGCUGCACCCUGAGAUGAAGGAUCAGACCACCCUAAAAGUGGUGAAACAAACCGCCUCAACCGACUAUAAGAUAGUUACCAUUAGAUAUGUGACAAUGUCAGCAGGAACAUUCAGGCUUCUCAGUUGUACGGUGAUGCAAUUAGGGAAUUCUGGGAGGUUUGAGUUAUAUCACUGCAAAAUAGAGCAUGAGGAGGACGCAGAGAUUGACAAUCAGCCUGCCCUUCAUGUAGUGACUCCACAGGACGCCGAACUUGACUAUAAAACAGUAAUUAAAUUAGAAGUUGUGUCUAUGUCUACAGGAACAUUCAGGUGUCUCGUAAGGACAGUGAUACAAUCAGGACAUUCUGGGGAAUGUAAUUUAUUUGACUGUACAAUAGAGCCUGAGAAGGACGUGAGGCCUGUGCAGGAGGAGAUGAAGAGCCAAGAUGCCCUGCAGGCAAUGACUCCACAGAACGCCGACCUUGACUAUGAAACAGUUAUUAGCUUAGAAGAUGUGACGAUGUCAGCAGGAACAUUCAUGUGUCUCGUAAAUACUGUGAUACAGUCAGGACAUUCUGGGGAAUGCAAUUUACUUGCCUGUAUAAUACAGCCUGAGGAGGACUUGAGACCUGUGCAUGCGGAGAUAGAGAACCAGCAUGACCUCCAGGUGGGGGACGCACAGAACGCCGGACCUGACUAUGUAUCAGUCGUCAAAUUAACAGGUGUGACGAUGCCGGCAGAAGUUUUCACUCACCUAGUAAGCAUGCUGCUACAGUCGGGACAUUCUGGUGAUUAUGAACUAUUUGAAUGUACAACAGGGCCUGAAGAAGACUAUGGACAGCUGCAAACGGAGAUGGUGAACCAGGCAGCUUUCCGGCUCACUCAACAGCCAGUUUCACUUGACUAUACAACAGAAAUUAAUUUUUCCAAUAUGACAUUACCAGCAAGAUGGUUCAGGUAUAUCGUUAAUAUGGUGGUAAGGUCAGGGCAUGAUGUGUCCUGUGAGUUCGUUAUCUGUGAUAUAGAGCCUGAGGAGAACCAACCCGCCUAUCAGUUAGUGUCAACCUCAACUGACUAUACAACAAGCAUUGCAUUUCAAAAUAUGUCCAUAUCAGCAGGUGCCUUCCGGCGCCUCGUUAGUAUGAUUACACAGUCGGGGCAUUCUAUGGAAUAUGAAUUUAAUGAAUGUACAAUAGAGGAAGAGGAGGACAUGAGUCAGCUCAUGGAUGAGAUGGGGAACCAGCCUAUCCUUGAUCAACUGCCCACCGCACCUGACUAUGCAAAGCGUAUCAAAAUACUGUUUACGACAAUAUCGGCUUCAGUAGUCAAUUAUCUCAUUAAUAUGGUGCAAACGUCGAAACACGACGUGAAAUGUAUGUUAUUGGACUGUAUAAUAGAGCCGGAGGAGGAUGUAAGGCAGCUGCUGAUGGAGAUGGAGGACAACUCCGCCAUCGAGGUAUCUUUCUACAUGGACGAAAACGGGAAAUGGGAAAUUACGUUAAAUUAAAACGUAUGAAAGUUUAUCGCUGGGUGGAAGACCGACGUCCUGUUUCUUCCAACAAAGAAAGAGAAGUGACGGUUAAAAGUCUAUGAAGUCUAUGAAGACACUUACAUUUCAUGAACUUAUUAUCAGACGACUUUUCACAUACAAGGACCUAGCGACAAAAGGUUAUGUGAACUCAUUGUGCAUAUUAAGUGUGUACAAAGAUUUUUUUUAUAUUAAAGUAGUAAAUACGUUUUAUUACAAGUGUUAAAGUUACAAAAAACGUGCACUCUAAAUGAAGUGAUUCAUGAAUGAAAACGCUUAUAGAACUUCAAGAAUUGAUUGAACCUCAUAUCUUUGUCCAUGAGAAGUAUGCUGUGGUAUAAAGUUCGACUUUGUCGGCACUGGCACCGCAUUUUCAAACUUACUAAGGUGGAGUGUUUGGAAGAUGGAUAUUAUUGUUAUAUUUACAUAUAUAGUCAUUGCGUAACAAAUGUGAUUUCUCUUAUUGGCUACUCAUAUGUACAUAUAAGGCCAUUGCGGUAUUUACAUAAAUCGGCCACAUAUUAAGAAAUGAGGAAUGACUUGUUGGCUUUUUAUAUGUUCAUUUAAGGCCAUUGCAAUUCAUAUUUUAAGCAGCUAUAGUAUAAAAACAUGUGGAAUGACUUGUUGGUUUUUUAUAUUUACAUGCACGGCAAUUAUGUAACAUGUUUAAGGGCCGGCCACAGUGCAAAAGUGGGUGGGGAAGGUCAAACAUUAAAUUGUUUCAGAGGUUCUUUUUAGUUUUGAGGAACGAUCUCUUUUUGGAGUAAAACAUACAUUGUUGGUGACGUGUUUGGGGAUGUAAGGAGUUGAAUUAUUUUUACAAAAGAAGGUUUUAUCAGAUUAAGGAUAAAAAAGCAUUCUGUUUCUUUCGGAAAAGUCUGUAGACAUUAUAACUUUGUUUUUGUGUUAAAAUGCCCCAGACGUCAUAAUAAAAAAAUCUUAAAAAUUCUGGGUGAUAUAUUUUGAAAUAAGAAAGUUAUUCAAAAUAAUAAUGGAAGAUGGUGGAUGAAAUUCAUUUUCUGGAUACGAAAAAUGAAAAUAUCUUUUUUUAACAUAGCUGCAAUCACCAUAAAGCCUCAAGACAAUGUUUAUAUGGUUGUUCAGAUAAUUUUGAAUCAUAAACAUAUACUCAUUUUGUAUUAAGACAUUUCCGGGAAAACGUGCAUGUAAAUGCUUUUUGAUUGGAAAAAUGAUAAAUUUUCUUUCAUUAAAUUUGCUCAAAUAUUAAUUACAGCUUUACAUGUUGUAACGGAUAUAUGAAUUAUGCUUUCUUAAUAUUGAACCUCAAAACUAAAUAAGAAUUGAUUUUUUAAAACAUUUUAAAUUUUGGUCCUUCAAACGACGUUUGCAUUGUGUCCGGGUCUUAAAGCAACUAUUGUAUAUACAAAUCUGGAAUGAUUUGUUUUUGGCUUUUCAUUUCUACAUGAAAGGCCAUGAUAGUACAUGUUUAAAGCAUAUGUUGUAUAUUGAAAUGUGGAAUGACUUGUUGGCUUUUCGUAUUUAUAUGUAAGGCAUAUACUUAAUGACAACAUUUAUGCAUUACUUUUUUGUUCACUCAAUUAAGGCAUUUAAAAUACUUGUGUUUCUUUUUAACAAUAAAAAUGACAUCAUUUUGUUACACUGCAUAUUGAUUUUGUAGGACGUAAUGAUUUUAGUCUCUUUAAUGCAUGAAAAUACUUUAAAUAUUUAGUAUCUGAAUAACGGCCAUAACGUGUUUUUACGAAAACAAUUCCAGUGCUGAUAUAAGAAUAAUAUAUAAACGUGUUUGUGUCGCAAAUGGUAGAUCUGUAAACAUUUUUGAACACUAUCUACGAAAUGCUCGGAACGUUGUCGAACGUUUUCGACAUGAUGCAUUAAAAUGGUUCCAAGUUGCAUUUCAACCGCAAAAGACACGUUGUGCUCUGUUUGUGGAAAGUCAAGGCGUUUCACAGUUGUACGGCUCUUAGUUCCGUUUAAAACUGUUAAAUUGCCUACUCAGAAUUAUUGAUCGCUAUAUAUGUUGUUUUACGUGAAAGAAAACACUAAGCAGUUGGUACCCAAAAUGUUUAUAUAAUAUAAACCCGUGCACACCUUUUGUUUGUAAGUAUAAAUAUACAACUGUAAAAUGACUUAUUUGCUUUGAUAAGAACAUUGUAGGACAGUGUGGUACAUGUAUAAUCAGCUGAUGUAUACAGAAAUGUGGAAUGUCAUAUUCGUUUCCCGUAUUUAAAUGCUAAGUUUGUGUUGUACAUGAACCAAGUAGCUAGCUUUACGUAAUUCUCAUUUUUACAUGAACGAUCAUUAUGAUGCUUAUUAAAAGCAGCUGCUGUGUAAAGACAUAUGGAACCGCUACAUGUUGUUCUCAUUUAUACAUGUUUGACCAUUAUGAUACAAGUCUAAAGCAGCGGUUCUAUUUAUAAAUUUGGAAUGAUUGUUUGGCUUUUCAUAUUCAUAUUCUCCUGUUCUUUCUUCCGGACUACUCAAUGUCAAACUUUUCUUUACUUUAGUACAUAUAGAAAUACAUAUACAGUCGAACCCCGUUGGCUCGAACUUUCAUGGACCGGCUAAAAUACCUCGAGCCUCGAAAAAUCGAGCGAAGCGGAAAUGCUUAACUUAAGUAUAUAGAAAUCGAUCCUUUACAUGGAGUUCGAACCAACGAGGAAAUCGAGCCAAGCGAACGAAUUCGAGCCAACGGGGUUUGACUGUAUAUUCGAAAAAUGCGCCUCGAUUACACUAUCCACUGUACAAUUAUCAAUGUUUUUUUAUUAUUAUUCUUUAGUGUGCUAUUGUGAAUAAUCAAUCAAAUACGACAUGUCAAAUCUGGUAUUUCGAACCACAUGUCAAGUUUUCUAAUGAUAUGCAGAAGAGACUUAGAAAAAGCAGUUAUGGUUCUUUCUCAAUUCUGUUAAUGUGUACUUUCAUUGUCAGUGGAUCUUAUUCUUGAUAUCUCAUACUUAAAAUAUAGACAACCAUGAUUACUUUGUGAUUAUCUGUCUACUUGAUAUUUUGUGUGUUUAUUGUAUUAUAAAAAACCCCUGGUUAAACCAAACGACUUAGUUGCCUCAGAUUAUUUUUAGCGUGUGAAAAUAGCAAAAUAUAUUUGCAGAUUCACCAAUAUUCUACUUAUAACAGAAACACACAUAUUCUAAAGAGUAACACAUUGGAUAUUAAUAACCGAUACUGAGUUUAAAGAAUAACCAAUUGUCUAUUAUUAGGAUUGGUUAAAAAAGAUAUUUGCAAAGCGGUAAAUAGGAGAUUCCUAUGACAAAUGUGUUUAUAAGUUAUGCCAACACAUUAAACACAAAGAGUCAGAAACACAAAUAAAGAUUGAGAGAUAACAAAUAAAAGCCACACACUGUUAACAGAGGUGACAUAUUUAUGAAACCGUUUAAUAUUCCAUGAUAGAGUUUCAAAGCUUUACUUCCUCGGAUUCAUUUAAUAGUCUUCGGAACAGGUAAUUAAAACAUAUUGAAACAUCUUAAAUUCAAGUUGUCUUAGUGAUGUGCUGAUUUGUUUCUAGGUUGAUAUAUAUUUUGAUUGUUUAUAAUGCGAUUAACAUUUCAAUAGUGGCAUUGUGGCUAAGAUGAAGGAAACAUUAAAUAAUUGUCUUUUUAUUACUUAAAUUGCUUUGGUUAACAAUUGUAUUAGGUGGGUUGUCUUUCAUUAAUAAUUGGUAUGUUCUCCAGCUACAGGCCAAACUUAAAACCAAUGCUGCUGAAAAUUGGUCAGAAUGAUUGGCUUGAUGAAAUAUAAGACUCGAAUAUGGAUUAUCUUGGGUAAAAGGCUAGGUCACAAUCUUAUUAAAGUCAUUUUUGUUUCGAAAAAACUGCUUGAAUCAUCCGAUCCAUGUGAACUGUUAUUAGAUUCAGACUAUCACAUUAUUGAUUUGUUAAAAUCUCCACCAGUUUUAAAUAUUGUCUUCGUGGUUCCAAAACUAGGUCAAAAGUUCAAAUCUUAGAAACAUCUUGCUUACGCAAUGUAUACCGUUUUAUUAUCCAAUAUUUUCGAAAAUUCAUCAGAAUGAUUGUCAUGAUAAAUAUUCAAUCAAGUUCGAAUGUAGAUUCAACAGCUUGAUCACAAGUUUAUUUUAUUUUUUUCUGAACAACGCGAAUCCUGGUCAGAGCGAUUUUGUUGUAAUCUUGUUUUGUUGUAAUCGUCAGUGUAAAUAUGCACAUCGAAAUGUUUCUACGCAAUUAAACGAUCUUUUUCUGUACUGUUAUUGUGUUAUUGAAUAUAAAAUAGAUAAUAACAUUUCAUUAUACUUAUUGAGUUUGCGACUAGUUGUUUUUUAUUCUCGAUUUUUGUUGACAACAUUGUUUUAAAUUUGUUCAAAUUGAGUUAUCUUCAUUUACUUUAACACCCGACAGCAGCUGGCAGAUUGCAUUUGAACAUAAUUUUUCAAUAGUGUCAAUUUCUGUCAAAUUUUUAAAUAAUUGUUAACAAACGAGGUUUCAUAUAUUGUGUUUUCUGAUCAUUGCUUCAAGAAUUUUGGUGACAAUUCACAAAAAAUAAUUAUUCGAUGUACGACUCUAUUAUUAGUUAUUUGGUCUGUUACUGACCCACUUCGGAAAA